GGAUCCAUAGAGAGGAGAGAAGGAAGGAAAAUGUUUCUACUGUGUGUUUUUUUGUAGCAUAACCUCCUUUUUUAUAAUGCCGGACGUUGACGGGGACGCAGCCUGAACUUCCAUCGAGUUCAUAGAACAGUGGCCAGGCUGCAAGCUCCUCUUCUUCAGACCCGACAUGCAUUAAUGUCUGAGUUUGUCCUAAAGGAGUACAGGUAUUUGUAGAUUUACAACUAUGGAAGAAGACCUCACAAUACUUACUGAUUCUGCCCAAAACUGCAACAUAUCAGUAAUAGGGGAUGAGAAAGAAAAGGUAAAAGACUUUGUGUUUAAGCAUUUCAGAGAAGUCACGGAUGGGUCACUCUUCAAUAAUGCAGAAGAAUCUUCCAUUAAGGAGCAUGGGAGUUCCACCAAGAAAGAUAAACCAACUCUGAAUAAAGCCCAUUGCAAAAUUCAGCAGGGGGCUGUUUUCUCUGGAAAGAUUCUGAGUUUUGGAUGCUCUGUGUGUAAAGAUGAUUGCACAUACAGCCCCAAUGACCUCCUUAAACAUUUUCGAGCGGCCCAUAAAGGAACCCUUCCUACAUACCCUUGUGACCUGUGCGGUUUUGUCACAAACGAGUUCCCUGCUCUUCAACGCCACCGGAUUGAGCACAGGAACACUCUGGUUACGUGCGAGCUGUGCGACAAUGAUGUUCAGUACUCUCUGCUUUUGCUAACCAGACACUACAUCAUGUGUCACAGUCUAAAUGGACAGUUUACCUGUGACUGGUGUGACUUUAUGACUGUGGACGCAGGUACAUUCGUCCAGCACAUCCAUCAUCACAAUGAGAGUCCUUGGAAGUGUUCGAAAUGCAGACACAUCAGCUUGAACGAGGAGGAACACCAGAAGCACAUGAAAGCUCACUUGGGUGUGUUCCCUUUCACCUGUCAGGUCUGUGGAUAUGGUGCAGCAAGAAGCGAAUAUCUUAAGAAACACACAGCAGCUGUUCACAAAGAGGAGGCUGAGAGAAGGAAUGUAUUGAAGGCUAUAGAUGAAAGCGGCACCCCAGCAAAUGCCUCUGCAACCUUAAAACUUUUCUUGAAAAAAGCUAGUGAAUCACAGGAGGUUCAGAGGAUAUCAAAACUGAACUGUCUGUCAGGGAGUUUACCCAACCAAAAUGGCAGGCUAAUCAAACCAGAGAUAUCCGUCGAGGAGACCCACCACUUUGUGGAUUCAAAAAAGGAAAGCAAAAAUUUGGGCAAAGGCUCUCAUAACACAGAGCAGUCAAUGCCCGUAAUGUUACAAGAAUGUGACAACUCUGCAAGUUCUGAUGUCGCAAGUCUCACCAACCCUAAUGGACUGACUGUUCUGAUGGUUAAGAACAAAAUCUCUCUUCCCCCCAACUGUACAACCAAAGUGAUGGGAUUCAAGAUGGUUGAUGGCAAAAAACAUUUAGUUCUCAAAGUAAUACCCACAGCAAAGCAAGAUUCAUCCACUCAAAACCAUUCCUUGAUGGAAGAUGUGGGGUCCUCGGCACCAUAUCAUGUGUUGGAUAAAUGUAAAGUCCCCAGUGAGAAUGGGGAAUGCUCUAUUAACAAGAACUCAACAUCGCAUUGUUUUGCCCUUUCACCAAGAAGUGAAUCUUGCAUACACAUGGAUCAAGACGAUAUUAUGGCAGUAAAAGUUAAGAUUGAGGAGGAAGAAACCUCUGUUUGCAACCUUGAUUUUAGCCCACCUAGAGAUGAUGUUGGAGAGCAAACUUAUCCUUUCCUAGGUAGGUCUUCAACUUGUGCAGAUGCGUUAUAUGCCAUGACAAAUGAGUUUGAUCAUGUGGGCGACAAAAGUCACCCAAGUCAAACAACCUGCUCAGAGAGAAUUAAGUUUUAUAAUAACUCUGAAGCAACCUGCGAUAGUGGUUGUCAAAUCAGUAAUACUUCAAAAAUGUGUGCUGAUAAGGUCAUUGGUUUAUCCUCAACUUCAAAAUUUGCUGAGGAAACAUUGCUUUCCAAGCAAGUCUCCAAAGAAUAUGUCGAAAACUUCGGGGCUGCAGAUGAGUUAUUGAUUACUGAUACAGACGCAGACAAAUUCAUUGCCCAACACAAAGGGAACUCUUCCUUUAACAUUAUAGAAAAUGACGACCAAUCUUGUCAGAGUUUUCCAGAAGAAGCUGAAGGAACUGAGGUAAAACAUAAAAACCGUAAGCAGCAUUUUAAAAAGCUUUCGGCAAACCCAGUACCUCCAUCAGAGUCAUCCCCGCCCACCUCAGGUAGCCACAGAGAGUCUCUGGGCUGCACACAAAACUCACCAAACCAAGAAGUAUUUAAUUUUCACAAUUAUUCCAAGGAAACAUUUGGCACUUCACCGAACACUAACCAAAACUUUGACAAUAUGUCCAGUCAUUCAGCCGACAAAGAAAGUAUUUGUGAGUCAUCACAGUUUAGCUUGACGUUGGCAGAGUCUCCAGAGUUAUUCACAGAAAGUGGCAAUGAAGACUUGACUCAAGAAAAGGUGUCAGAGAGUGACAUUGAAGUUGAUGAGUGCGUAGCUAGUGUUGACGAUCCUGCCACUGAGGAUGAAAAUCCAGAGUCAGUGCUCCAAGACUUCAAUAUUAUUAAAAUUGAGGAGGAGAGCAUUCCCAUAUCUAACACACAGUCAGAAACAAAGAUUGGUUCAAAUUGCUUGGGCAGUUUUGUGGAGGAACAUUCAGACGCAAUCAUUACCCAACAACUUCAUAAGGAAAGAGUUGGAUCUUCAAGUGCAAGUAAUGAUUCUCUAAAACAAACAAAAACUACUCUACGAUUUCUUCAAUUGCCAGAGGGUAAGCAGUCAGUGCUCCUGAGAACAACUGAGAAUCGAUUUGCUGUUCCGGUGCAGGUCAAGGCCUCUCCAGGUUUCAAACUGAUAACCAAUUCAGCAAAUCCUCAGAUAAAUGUAUCUUAUAUGAAGCCAGGGUUAGAAAGAUCAAGUAACCCUACUGGAGUAAGCCUUACUCAAAACAGCAGGAGGAGUGUAUCAGCACCAAAGGCAGGAGGUGCUGAAAAAGGGACAACUCUUCUCUCUGCUCUUCAACCAGGUGCUGGCAACACCUCAAAUCACUACCUUAUCAACAGUCAAGGUUUUAAAGGUCCCGUACUCUUCUCAAGCACACCACAUAAUGCAUCUACAGACAAAACAGGAAAGACACAGCCAACUUGCUACUUUGUACAGAGGUCUGUUCCAUUUGGUCAGACCCCCAGUGCUCCUGGCCUCAGACUGGCAAAUACACAACUCCAAUUGAACUCAAGGCCAGUUCUGGCCAUGCCUGUGAGCUCUGCAGACAAACCCAGCACUAUGCAGACUGGUCGCCAGGCAUUCUUGCUCCGAUACAUCUCUCCACCCAAAUCAAACUUAGUAUUAAACAACCAAGACACAAAGACUGGGACUCGGUGUAGCCAAACCAGUGAAAGUACUGGAAACAAAGUCAUAUUUAAAAUUGUCACUCCUGCCGGUAGCCGUCUUACAAGUGGCGCUCCCACAUCAAGCAGUCAACCUUUGUUUUUGGCCACCAGACCUCAGACCCAGUGUUUCCUGGUGGCGUCAAACAAAACAAAUUCCUCUAAUGGAGUAAAGAAAUGGAUCCCCUUGCAAAACACUGCACAGAAAGAGCUUGCAGAAUCUUGCAUUUCACCCUCUCAGAUGAAUGUAAAGGCACAACCGUAUGACGGAGAAAAACCUAUCCUGGCCCCUAGGCCAAUUCGGCCUCCAAGCCAAAGGAAAAGGCGCAGGAAAGCAUUAUUUGAUGAGCUUCCAGAAACCGUGCAUAAAGUUAGAAGACUCACAAAUAAAGCACUGACUGAGAAAGAGACUACGGUGUUCUGGAAGCCUGUAGCCAAAGAAGUUGAAAGGACACUAAGGCUUGCCCCAUUCAGUUCUCUACAGCAGAUCAAAUGCCCUCGUAGAUACCAACCUGUAGUGGUGCUCAAUCAUCCGGAUGCUGAAAUUCCCGAAGUGGCCAAUAUCAUGAAGGUAGUUAACAGGCACAAAGGUGCUGUUACUAAGGUCUCUCUGUCUCAGAAAACAAUCCAAGCACUCUCUGAGCUCGGUGCUCUAUGGAAGAACUCCUUAACCAAAGGUGCAUCGUCUCACAGGGAUGAUCCAAGACCCCGGCCAGUUCAGAGUUCUGUCCGAGAGCGAUUCCUCCUGAAACUGAAGUUAAGGAAAAAAAGCAAAAAAAAGUAUGAGGUAGUAGAAACUCUGUCAGGUUGUAGAGAAGAGCCUCUGGUAUUUGAAUGCUGGUUUUGUGGUCGGCUCUUCAACAACCAAGAAGAUUGGAUAGGUCACGGCCAGCGGCACCUCAUGGAGGCAACAAGAGACUGGAAUAAACUGUUCUGAAAAGUUUUCUAUCACCUUUUAGAUGGGAUGGAAUUGUUCCCUUUGAGGCAGAACAUAUGUUUGAAGUUGUAUAUUUUUGAAUGACCUUCCACAUUACCUUUUAAUUUCCGUUCAUGUAAAUACAUAUUCUUAAGUAAAUCAUAGUUUAUCUUUUCAUAGGUGCAUUUUCUGGUAAAAUAUGUACUGCAAGCAUGAUUAAUAUCAUGCAUGCACAGGUCAAAUUGAACUGUGAAAAUGGUACACUGUAACUUGGAGCUGUGGUAAGAGCACUAGCUUAAAGAAAGGGGACAAUAUCAGCAAAGGUUGUAUGUGGAGCUGGUUUAAAUUACUCAGGUGAUUUCAUAUUAAUCUGGUUUGUCACUUUUGCUCAAAUUUUUGCCUAGUUUAAGGGAUUUUUCUAUCUUCUUUAUUCUACAUGUGAGGACGGGAAACUAUUUGUAUAGCUCAAUGCUCAUGUUGACAAAUUCCUUUCUUUUACUCUUGUGAUGUAAAAUGUUAUGGUCCAAAUUUGUCCAUAUUGUAUGAUGUUUUAAUUGAAGGGGAUAUCAUUUUAUUCCAUCCUAUCUGCAGGAUUUGAUCACAGUUUGUCAACCUGUAGAAUGCACUUGUCAUAACUAGAUUUUAGAUUUUUCAGAGUAAUCUUUUAAAUAUCUAAAAAAUAGACAGUUUUUUAAAUACUUUUGCAGUGAGAUAAAUUCUGGCUUCAAGUGAAUACUGGAGGAAUACAGAUCAACACAUUUUACGCCCUAUGCAGUUUCCAUGCAACUAUAUAUCUUUUUUUCAACAGCUCAGCUGUUUAAUCUUUAAGAUGCCAAAGAUGACAAGAUGGCUGCAUUCUUUUAGUCCUUUUAUAAUUGGAAUUGUACAGGUUUUGAGUAAUUCUACCCCUACCUAUCAAUAAUAAAUCAACUAUAGAUCAACUAUGGUUAUAAACACGGGCUGCACCUAACAAUUAUGUUCAUUAUCGAUUCAUCUUCUCAAUUAAUCAAUGAAACGUUGGUCUAUCAAAUGUCAGAAUACAGUGAAAAAUUUAUUUUAUAAAGACCAGGGUGACAUCAUCUUUGUUCAGUCCAAAAGAGUUUCGGUAUAUUAUCACAUAUUACAAGCAAAAGCAGGAAAUCAUCAGAGGUUGGAACAAGGCAAUGUUUGGCAUUUUGCAUUAAAAUGUCUACAGAUUAGUUGUCAAAAUAGUUGCAGAUUGCCUUUUUCAGUAAAUUGGCUAAUCAACAAAUUGCCAGAUUGCUUCAGCUCUAAAGGUCAAACACAUUACAGUUACUUCUCAAAUAAGAAUCAGUCAACCUCUGCAUUUCCUGUCAAUUUUCACAUUAAAAGCCUGUUAUACCAUCUUCUACACAACAACACAUUUUUAGAAACUUGGACCACUACCACAAGUUAGUGCUGAUUAGAUUAAGGACACAGGUAGUUUUUAUGAUGGGAGGGGUUGGCUGGAUCACCCCAAAAGUACAAAAUACGACGGCAGAGGAAUUUAAAACUUUACUGGAAUAGGUGAGGGUUUAUAUAAAGACAUUGUGCACCCAGAAACCCAAAUAAAAACAGGAAAAGGCAUUUUUGAUACCUUUUUUUUUUUUUAAGCUUUUCAUGUUUUAGUAAAAAGUUUCUUGUUAAUAUCAAAUACUUUCAAAAGUGUGUUAAUGGUCAUAACUGUUUUCCUAUGCUCUGUAGACAUUUUACGUGUAGUAGGAGCCCUGAACGUAACCCAUGUGUUUGGACUCUGCAUCAACUUUAACCUGAUAUUUCAUUAAUGUUGUACUAAUUAUCUGUUCACUGGCAUCAUCAAGUCCAGUAUGUUGUACAUACACUUGUUUUAAUCUUACAUUUGACACUUCUUUUCAUGCCAACAGGACAUGGACCUUAUUUUUAGUUUUUUCAUGGUUUUAAUGAUUGUAUCACAUAAUGAUCGAACUGUGGAAUCAAUGUUUUAUUCCGUUUAAUAUGCAAGUGACUGAACAAUGCAAGCCAUGCUAAUGUUUUUAUACUUUCAAAAUAGUUCUUAACAAGCCAGCCUCCAAUUACUGAAGUUCUGACCUCAGCAUGUACCGCUUUUCACCAGCAUUUGCUAAAUGUUUUAAUUUCAAUCAACUGCUCCAAAUAACAACGUGGGCAUUCUAUUCUACAUUAGGUCCCUGAGAUCAUUUCCUGUAAAACUCCUAAAAAUGUAGCUCUAGUAGUAGCUACAUUCCCUCACAUGUGUGACAACCAAACAAGCAAUUGAACUUUCCAAAAUUUCGGUAACUCCCUAUUUUUUCCCCAGAGUGAGUUGAGAAGAUAGACAUAUGUGUUAAGUACAGUGCUGGAGCCGGGCUGGGGUUAGCCUAGCCUAGCAUAAAGACUGAAAGCAGGGUAAAAGCUAGCAGUUCUGUGCAGUGUCUAUAGCAAAUGUUGUACACACUUGAAGGCAGGACUCCUGGAAGCUACAGGACUGUUGUUCCACACACUACUCCCCCUAAAGCCACAUGUUUUUGUGACAUUUGAACACAGCCAAGCUAGCUGUUUCUCCUCGCUUCCAGUGUUUAUGCUAAGCUAGGAAAACCAUGUCCUGAAUCAAACAUUGCUAAACAUAACGCACAUUAGAUUGACACCAAUCUUCUCAUCACAUUCUCUGAAAGGAAGUUUUAGAGUACACGAUUAGCCUAGCUUAGCUUCACAAGUUCCAGCAGGAAAUAUAUCCAACACAUAACACCCCCUUAAACCACUAAUUGUCAUUUAUACAUGUUUACAGCUUGAACCAAGUAGAUACAGUGUGUCAAUUAGUAAGCUUUAGAGGUGUUGGUUUCUGAUUUUAAAAAAAGCCAGGCUAGCUGUAUCGCCCUGCCUCCAGUUUUUAUGCUAACCUAGCCAACCCCAUGCUGACAAAAUCUCCGUACGUAUCACACAGACACAACAUUGAUAUCAUCUUCUCAUCUCACUGUCGUAAAGAAAUCAAAUAAGCUAAUUUUACAAAAUGUCUAGCUAUUCCUUUAAUCAAACCAGUCAUGCCAGCUGCAGAAAAGCUAACUUCCCUGGGUCAUAAUGUCCCUUUUUCCAGGACUAGCCAUCUUGUUUUGUUCCCUUUUAGAUGUGAUUACAUUCCAACUCAGUGAAAAGCUACUUAAAAACAAUUAUUCUUUACAAUUUAAGGUAAAUUUGUAAUGUUACGAUGCUCAAAUUGCUGUACAUUCUCUCUUUAUGAAGGGGGAAACAAUCAUGACUUGAUGUUCUAACAUCACAAGGUUCAGUGUUUAAAACUUUUAUUUAAAGAAUUGAAAUUAUCCCCUCUCUGAAAAUAUUCAUGUGGUUGGUAUUUCUCUCUUCAAACUGGUUUGGGUAAAAAGUAAUAAUAUUGCUUACAUAUACAGUACUUUGUUGUUUCAUUGUUUAAACUGGAAUUUAACUCGUCUGUAUUAUGAUGCACAACAAUAUUGAGUUUCAGGAUACAAAAUGGACUCAUGAGUAUGACCCAAUUGAGUGCUCAGUACAUAUAUUAAAUACAACAUUUUAACAAUUUUUACUACUUUUUCAGCCUGCUUUCUCUUUGAUUUUGUGUCUCCCCUACUUAUACAGAGGCUUGAGAUGAUCACAGCCAAAUGGAUAAAGACACUGAAUGAACUCCAGGUCUCAUUUCAGUUUAUUUGAGUUGUUUGUUUUCUAACUGGUUUCAUGUGUUAACUGAAAUGUACAGCUCGUUGUUUCAUCCUCCUUGUCCGCUUCUCCCUCACUGCUCUCAGGCCAAAUAACUAUUUGGUUUCUUCAUAACACUUUAUAAAGUGUUGUCGAUGGGAUUUAAAACACCCUACAAAUGAGUUCUGCACUGUGACGAUCCCAAACCACUCGUUAUAUUGGGACACACUACUACUUUGGCUUAUUUUCUCGAUAGUGAGCCCGAAAUGAAAAAGUUAACAAUGGUUGAAACCAGUUUAAUACAUAAAGACAACUUCUCCAGUCCAUCCUCCUGCUGCUCCCCUCUAGCUGAUGUUGCUCUACCACAACCAUAUUGUAGUUUACCACCCUUAAUGCUGAACUCAUCAUGUACAGUAAAGCUGUUCCUGUCCAGCAGGUUGUUUAAAUCUUUACUGAAUCUCUCCUCAUGCAAAGUGCCUCGAAUGUCCUUUGGCAGGUUGACAAUGUGUACUGUAUUUUUUUGUUCAACUUAGUGGUUCACUCUCCUCUAAUAAAUGUGCA